GUUCUUGGAAAACACUCGCUUUUCAAAACAUCGUUUAUACGGAAUAGCCCGUCAUGCAGGACGGACGUGCUCCUCGGGUCAAGAAUCGGGCGCCAGCAGCCAUCCAGAUCACUGCGGAACAACUCCUCCGUGAAGCUCAGGAACGUCAAGAAAGCCAAUUCCGAGCACCCAAACAGCGCGUUGAAGACUUUGAGGAGCUUCAUGAAUACAGAGGCCGGAAGCGUAAGGAGUUCGAGGAACGCAUUCGCAGGACAAGGGGUAACAUAAAAGAGUGGCUACAAUAUGCCAACUGGGAAGCCAGUCAGAACGAGUACGCGCGAUCUCGCUCCGUCUUCGAGCGUGCGUUGGACGUCGAUGCGCGCAACGUUCAACUGUGGCUCAACUACUGCGAGAUGGAGCUGAAGGGUCGUAAUGUCCAACAUGCUCGUAACCUCUUCGACCGCGCGGUCACUCUCCUUCCUCGCGUCGAUCAGCUCUGGUAUAAAUACGUCUACCUGGAAGAGCUGCUACAAAACGUUGCCGGCGCCCGCCAGGUAUUCGAGCGAUGGAUGCAGUGGGAACCAGAUGACAAAGCGUGGCAGGCAUACAUCAAGAUGGAGGAACGUUACCAAGAAUUGGAUCGCGCGAGCGCCAUCUAUGAACGCUGGGUAGCUGUACGUCCAGAACCCAGGGUAUGGGUGAAGUGGGGAAAGUUUGAGGAGGAACGAGGGAAGCUGGAAAAGGCGCGCGAGGUUUUCCAGACGGCUCUGGAAUUUUUCGGGGAUGACGAAGAGCAGAUUGAGAAAGCCCAGGCUGUCUUCAAUGCCUUCGCUAAGAUGGAGACCAGACUCAAGGAGUAUGAGCGGGCCAGGGUUAUUUAUAAAUUCGCGUUGUCUCGCCUUCCUCGAUCGAAAUCAGCCAAUCUCUACGCUGCCUACACCAAAUUCGAGAAACAACAUGGUAACAGGACCACUCUCGAAUCAACGGUUCUAGGCAAGCGGCGGAUACAAUACGAGGAAGAGCUCGCGCACGAUGGUCGAAACUAUGAUAUCUGGUUCGACUACGCACGUUUAGAGGAAGGCGCCGUGAGGGACUUGAAGGAGGAGGGUGUCACCGCGGAAGAGGAGGAACAAGCUGUGGGUCGUGUGCGCGAGGUGUACGAACGGGCCGUUGCUCAGGUACCACCAGGCGGGGAGAAACGUUAUUGGCGGCGGUACAUAUUCCUAUGGCUCAACUACGCGCUCUUCGAGGAGAUCGAGACCAAGGACUACGAACGUGCCCGACAGAUCUACAACACAGCUGUGCGGCUUGUCCCGCACAAACAGUUCACUUUUGCAAAGCUUUGGUUGAUGUUCGCCCGAUUCGAGAUUCGGAGACUUGAUCUCGCUGCAGCGCGUAAGCUCCUCGGUGCAGCUAUCGGUAUGUGCCCGAAGGAAGCGCUUUUCAAGGGUUAUAUCCAGCUCGAGUUCGACCUUCGGGAGUUCGAUCGGGUACGGACGUUAUAUGAAAAAUACCUCGAGUACGAUCCGACGAACUCAGCCGCGUGGAUCAAGUACGCCGAGCUGGAAACGCAGCUAGAGGAUUUCGCGCGGACGCGGGCGAUCUUCGAGCUUGGCGUGUCGCAAUCUCCGCUUUCUAUGCCCGAACUGCUAUGGAAAGCGUACAUCGACUUCGAAACGGAGGAGGGUGAGCGCGAGCGUGCUAGGGCGUUGUAUGAGCGCUUGAUUGCUCUCAGCGGGCAUGUCAAGGUUUGGAUAUCCUACGCUAUGUUCGAGGCAGAGACGAUUCCCUUGCCGAGAUCUGAAAGGCCGGAUGAGGAUGAGGACGACGAGGACGAAGAAAAGGAAGUUCAAGUACAGGAAGGCGAUGUUCACAAGGCACGAGCGGUCUUUGAGCGAGCAUACAAGGAUCUCAAAUCGAAGGGCCUUAAGAGCGAACGUGUCGCUCUUCUAGAGGUUUGGAAGACAUUCGAGGAGAACAAUGGCACACCAGACGACGUAACGAAGGUGCAAGGCUUGAUGCCUAUUGUCAGCAAGCGCCGCCAUGUGGACGAAGAGACAGGACAAGUUGUAGAAGACUGGGAAAUGGUCUUCGCCGAUGAUGAGCGAGAAAACAACCCCACGUCCUUCAAGUUCUUCCAGGUGGCUCACGCUUGGAAGAGCAAAGUCGCAGGUAGCGGUCUUACCGGGUUUACCGCGUCAUUGGCGAGUCAGGACGAGGAGAGCUCAGAGGAAGGAAGCGAAGAUGAAGAUAUGGACAAGAAUACCCAAGACAGUAGAGGUGGAGUCACAAGCAAAGACGAGGAUAGUGAUGUUGCCAGCUCUGACGGAGAAGAAUGAGCAAACUUCAGGCUACGAUGACGAAGAUG